AUGAAUAGCUUGAUUUAAAAGGGAGGUAUUGAAGCUGGUAUCUUCAUAUCUUCAUUUGUUUUCUUUAAGCUUUGGGUUAAUAAAAGAACAAACUCAAAUAAUUCUAAAGCUCAUAGAGAUGUCAUUCAACCAACAGAUUUCGAAAGAAUGGUAGAUCCAGAAGAUUCAAGCAGAUUCUAUAAUAUCUAUCCUGAGGAAAAGAUUGUAGUUAGAUUUUUACACUGA